CAUGAUGUCGCUCUGGAGGGUGAUGUCAGCUUUUCAGUAGGGGUGGGCAAACAUUACUGUAAAGUAUUUGAAUAAUAGACGGAAGGAGGUUAUACAAUAAACGGAAUCCCUCUGACUAAUACUCUACACUUCUGGCUAGCGACAGAGCCUCCAGCAAACAUGGACAGCGAUGACGAAAAUAUGGAAGAAAUCGUUGAAGGCCCCCUCGACGAGGACGACCAGCCGCACGGUUUCUGCACGGUCACGUACUCCUCCAGCGACCGCUUCGAGGGGAUGUUUGUCCACGGGGAGAAGAACGGAAGGGGGAAGUUCUUCUUUUUCGACGGGAGCACACUGGAGGGCUUCUAUGUGGACGACGCCCUGCAGGGCCAGGGCGUGUACACCUACGAGGACGGCGGCGCGCUGCACGGGACCUACGUGGACGGCGAGCUGAACGGCCCGGCCCAGGAGUACGACGCCGACGGGCGCCUCGUCUUCAAGGGCCAGUACAAGGACAACAACCGCUGCGGCGUCUGCUGGGUCUACUACCCCGACAGGGGCUGCGUCGUGGGCGAGGUGAACGAGGACGGCGAGAUGACGGGCAGCAGCGUUGCGUACGUGUACCCCGACGGCAGGACAGCGCUGUAUGGCAGCUUCGUGGAGGGGGAGCUGAUCGAGGCCCGGCUGGCCACCCUGUCCUCGGUGGAGAAUGGCCGACCGCACUUCGACAUCGUCCCCGACAGCCCGGUUUAUAGCUAUGACAAGUCCACCUCCUCCUGCAUCGCUGCCCACGGCUUGCUGCCGGACCCGUACGAAACAGAAAGGGUGUACGUGGCGGACUCUUUAAUCUCAGGGGCGGGGGAGGGGCUGUUCGCUAAGAUCGACACGGAGCCCAACACCGUGAUGGCCUUCUACAACGGGGUCCGCAUCACGCACUCGGAGGUGGACAGUAGGGACUGGUCCCUCAAUGGAAACACGAUAUCUCUGGAUGAAGACACGGUGAUUGACGUCCCCGAACCAUUCAACAACAUCGAGAAGUACUGCGCUUCUCUAGGGCACAAGGCCAACCACUCGUUUACCCCGAACUGCACCUAUGAGCCCUUCCUCCACCCUCGUUUUGGGCCCAUAAAGUGCGUGCGCACGCUGCAGGCGGUGCAGCGGGACGAGGAGCUGACGGUGGCGUACGGCUACGACCACACGCCCUCAGGGAAGAGCGGGCCUGAGGCGCCCAACUGGUACAAGCAGGAGCUGCAGGCCUUCCAGGCUGUCCAGACACCUCCUUCCCAGUGAGAGACCCGCCCACGCCACGCCCCCUCCAGCUCCAGCUCCGCCUCCCACAGCCAACCGCCCCAACCCCCACCUACCACCCCCAACCCCCCAGCACGGCCAGGCCACACCAGGGACAAACGAGGCAGGCGACGCUUUCCAACACACAGACACACACCGAGGAACUAUGCACUACACACCAACCAGGGAGUCCCUCCACCCGUAGCUAUCGCCACUCCUCAACUAGCAUUGUCAGUGUAAGGGUCAAGAGUCAUUUUCAUUUCUUUCACUCAUAAGAAACAGUGGUCAGACUUCCGUGCCUCUUUUCUCCCCUGCCCCCCCCCAAAUGCAUGCAGUUUACCCUCGCAGUGAUAACUUUUGCGGUGACCGCGGUCGAAGCGUUUCUGAAAUUUUUGACGAUCCCUUAGCUCAAGCGUUACAAGUACCUCGAACCUCCUAACCAGCAAAAUGCAGCAUUGUUGCUCGUGAGUGUGGUCUUACAGCUUUCUUCAGCAUUCUUCGCAUUCAUUCUUCGGUGCAGAUAUACUCUAUCCUGGAUUUGUGUGCUCUUUCUUCUCCAGGGUUCUGUCUCCACCCCACUCUUUGUUUUGAAAGUUUGCUGCAAUGGGAACGGACACUUUGUCCAAAUCUAAUAGGUCAGGAAUUAUCAGUAAAUCCCAAUGGCUUUGAAGGUUUGUGCAAACUUUAUGUUUUGGUCAAAAAAAUAUACAUAUUUAUUGAGGAAAGUGACAUGCUUGAAUGAAAUGAUCGUUUUGACAAGCUUUGCUUCACCAUUUUGGGGUGAUAUACUGCUUUCUGAAAUUUGUGAUUACAAUGGAUACCUUUAGUACUAGAUACAUUAACCAUACUUUCCAGCUCUUUGUCCAGCAUGUGACUUUGUUUUAACUUGAGUAUGGUAAAGGUAGCUUUCUGAAUAUUUAUUUAAAUGCUUGUCAGUGGCUGCCUCCUGCUUCAUUAUAUUGGCUUAGACUUAAUGUAAUCUAUUUUUUGUCAAGGGAAAAAUGUGAUUUUGGGAUAUACCAGGCUUGCUAUAAAUUGUAGUCCUUUUUAUGAAUUGUAGAAUUUUUGUUCAUACAAGUCUGUUAAUUUAAGAAUCUUAAUAUUUCCCUGAGAAAGAACAUCUGAAUUCAAAAACCUAACCAUAAAUUCAAGUGGAAAUGAUUUUUUGAGAAGUGACCCACUUAAAACAGCAACCACAAAAGUCAGAAUUGUUAAGUUGCUAUAAGGGUCAUGUAUAUAGAACCAUAGUAUACUGGCAAGACAGCAAUGCUAUAUCACUGAAUUAACAUUACAGAUAUAUUUAUCAUAAUGUUUAUGCAGCCUCAUGAGUCAAUUUCACAUCAGAUAAUGCAUUGUUCAUUCAAUGCAAUACAGCUUAUCUGUUGUAGAUCUUAUCAUCAAAAUAUUGUUUGACAUUUGCCUUAAAAAACAUAUUACAUAGUAGUGUAUUAGCUCCGCUCUCAAAAGAAAUAACUGCUUAUUUGCUGUUUAUAUGAUUACAAAAUAAGUAUCUGCAUUUAUCUUUGUAUUUUAUAUAUUCAGUAGAGUUGUAGCCUACAUUCAAAUGACAACUAACAGAUCCCUGACCUUUAUGUAAUCUCAACGAUACUCUGUCUUUUAUUAAAAACAAAUCUACUUAAAUGUUUUUUUCUUCUAACCCGAGGAAAGGAUCCAAUCAGGUAAAGAGCAGCUGUCUGGUCUGUUGUUUGUUUCUUCUGCUUCUAAGGAAACGCAUCAGGUCACAGAAAGCGAGCCGGUCAAGUGCGCACACUGGGUUUUUUUUCCCCCUUUCUCCUUGGGUCUCUGAGAGACAUUUGCACAUGCGGUUGCACACGGCCACUCUCGGUGCUGUCAUUAAAACGGAGGCCUACUGACAAGAUGAGAGGGUAACAUGAAGCACAUUCAUUUUUUGCAGUUACCGAGACCUGUCCCCGCCUCCUCCUAUAGAGCACACUUAGAGAGUGUGUGUGGGGCUGAGGGGGGGGGUGGUUUUAUUAGACUGGAUCCCAAAAGAACCCUAGCCAAGUGUACAUUUUGAUUUAGAAACCCCCAACUCAGCCACCUUGUGAUAACUCGAGUGACGAGAUCUCUCCUUACCGUUACACAUAGAUUGUUACUGCCUUUUGUUUUCACCACUCCAAGUGAAAUCAGGCCUCACUAUAUUCAUUUGAAACAGAAACAGAAAAGAAGAAGAAACUAGACAAAUACAAAAGUGCCAAAUCAAUGUCGGGCAAGAAAGGCGAAAUAUGAUGUAAAAUAUGCGAUAGAUACGUGCACUGAAUCAAAUAUUAUUGUGCUGUCACUUUGAUUUCUGUUGUUGCACACCGACAUGGUGUACUUGUUGAAAUGUAUUAUCGAAUAUGUUGUAAAUUAGUGGUCUGUCUGUAAGUUGUACUGCCCGUUCCUUUAAAUCAAUAGAAGUCCAUGUUCUUUUGUGUCCUAAUAGCGUCAGGAAUUUUGAUAUCAUUUCAAACGUACUGUUAGAAUGGACCUUUUAAAAUCUGACUUAAUAAUAUCCCAUGUGUAGCAAUAAUGUCAAGGGUUUAUGAUUGUGUUAAUUGCUUAUCUCAUAAAUAUUUAUUUAUUUCUUCAAUGGCGUAAACACAUAAUUUAUGAAGUAGCCCCUAAAGGGAAAUAGAAUCGCAGUUUUAAGGGUACUCCUGAAUAUCAUUUUAAAAGAAUUUUCUCAAGGUGGUGGAAGCAUCAAUAUCAUGUAUUAACCAUGUACCAGUAAGUCAAUUAUACACUGUUGUGAUUUUUACUGCUGUUUAACAAUUCCGAUAAUGGCUACAUUCACAUUUACAUUUACGUUAUAUUUUCAGGAGAGACCUGAUUUUUGAGCAAUACACCAUAUUUUCUAUAUAUACAACUUACACAAGUAACCAGAUGAAAUCAGGAUUAAAACAAUAGUGGCUCUAAAUUACCAUGUUUUCCAUUUUCCAUACUGUUGUUCAAAUCGAGUACUUCAUGGACUGAGAAAGGACAGAGAUGGACACAUCUGAUGACCUUAAGUGGCUUUUAACACAAGACGCUGCACAAAGGUGAUCGGCCAGUCUAGAUGGCUGUGACAUUCUGAACGCUUGAGCUGUAUCACCUGUUCAGAAAAGUGUUCCGAUAAUAUUGUGCUUUUGUGAUUCAUAAAGAUGAUGAUGACGAUGAUGAUGAUGUUGAUGAUGAUGAAGAUUAUUUGAAUAUGUCACAAAUGAGUUUGAUAAGCAAAAUGUCCCACAACAUUUCAAAAUGGUGCUGAAGGGAGCUGAGGUUUUGGAGUGCAUUUGAACUUGCUCUUGACUUCAUUCCCCAGUGAGCACUUUGUGAAUCAAAGCGCUGCAGUGUUUUACUUAUUAAACUCAUUCCGGCUUCACGUUCACGGACUGUCGAAGACGUAUCGGGAGGUGUGACAAGACCUCCCCUGAAACUGUGGAGAAAACCUUCACUGGCUGUCUACAGACCAGUGCAGUGACUGUCGAUGGCGAACAAUUCAGUUUCACUCACCAGUAUUAUUAAUUACUGCGAAAAAGCGUUGUUCGUGUCAUAGGGAAUAGCAACGAUAUUUUAAACCAUAUGGUAGCAGAACAUCACCCUUUGGUUAGACGUUUUACAGGUGACAUGAAGCGGCUCAGACGCACAGCGCCGUUGACAUGGCGGACAGUGACCUAAGAGGAUUGCUUUGAGGUCCUCGUGUAGUCCCGACCCCACAAGUUCACCAUAGGGACGUCUGUGAUCCGCCACUGUUUUUUGCCUAAGAAUUCCAAGCCUUAGAUCUGUGGAUUCCUAUCUGCACAUGAUCAGACAAGCAGGUGAGCCAGCGUGGCGAUUGUUUACAAGAAUCUGUUUGCAGAGUGACUGUGUGAGCAAGUGUGUUGAAUGUGUAUUUUUAUUCCUAGACGUGGUGUGUUAGGGCGAACGUACAAGACAGGUAGACAAUGUGAAAACGGCAAUAGCAAGCUGUAACUGAGAAGUCUCUUGUACUAUAUUCAAAGGAAUAAUAAAGAAUAUGUGCAAUCA